AAUGGUACAAUAAUCUACCCUCAUGUAUAGUACUAGUGGUACAAUAAUCUCCCCACAUGUAGAGUACUAGUGGUACAAUAAUCUCCCCACAUGUAGAGUACUAGUGGUACAAUAAUCUCCCCUCAUGUAUAGUACUAGUGGUACAAUAAUCUCCCCACAUGUAGAGUACUAGUGGUACAAUAAUCUCCCUCUGCGUGCGGCCAACAGUAACAGCCUGGUUGAUCAGUCUCUGAUCCAAUAUGAGGCCUGGUCACAGACAGGGCCGCGGGGGCGUUGACCCCCGAAACCCUCUCCAGGCAAACUCUCGUGUAGAGUACUAGUGGUACAAUAGUAGUGGAGUUGAGCGCCUCUGGUGGUGAGAGCGGUGGCCUUGAUAGAGGUUCCUUGAAGGUGGUGGUGAGGGUCUCUUGAUCCAAGGAAUGUGAUCAAUGCCACCUGGGAGUGAACUUAUCCUCCCAGAUGGUCCAUGACCCCCAGGGACUGAGCGCCCUAUCAUGAGUAGUACUGAUAGUGAGGGUGUAGUAUUGCCAUCUAGUGGUGGUAGUCAGAGUUAGUCAGAUUACCAGUCAUGGUGUUAUAGUGAAGGUCAGGACAGUGACCAACCUCAAGGGCACUAAAGGUCAGUUGAACUUUAAUGGUCGUACAGAAGAGACGUGUUGCUCCUUCUCCUCCCCCCCCCCCGCCGGCAUUACCGUUUCCUCAUCCUUUUAAUACACCUAAAUAACGUGUGGUAACAGGGUUGCUGUGCCUGGCUGCAACAUUGAUCAACAUAGCAACUUUGACCAGUCUGAGGAGUGCUGUGCCUGCUGCAAUAUUGAUCAACAUAGCAACUUUGACCAGUCUGAGGGGUGGAGACAACUACACAAGUAUAUAACAUAUAACAUUGUAUUAUAUGGAGAUGCAGCAGUUGGAGACGUUGUUACACCCAGGACAGCAGUACCUACCUGGGCGGUUUUUGGUGCAGUUUCAAGCAAAGUUUAGUCCAGCACCUAGUUGUACAAUGGGCAAAAAAAGCAAUGCCAAGAAGACGGCAAACAGGAAUGUUGGACCAGUAAAACUUUUACCUCAGACCAGAGGGGAAUUGACGGCUGUUGUUGAUGAAGUUUUUAAACGUUGCACAAAGGUCCCUCCAGCUGUUGCUCCAGGUGCAGCACAGGAGUGGGCCGAGUACUUGGAAAUUUAUGCAUUAAUUGAAAAGAUAAGGAACAUAGAGAAAGAUAUCCAACUGCCAUCGUUUCCUCGUAAGGAACAGGUAGCACCUUUCAUGUCCUGGCUUGAGGAAAAGAAAAUUAUGGUAAAGGGAGUAGAAAUUGCCGAGUUUGAAGAGCAAGGGUUUGGUCUUCAGGCAACUGAGGAUCUUGAGCAAGGGCAGGUGGUAAUUUCUGUGCCAUGUGAAGCCAUGUUAACAGAGGAGACUGCAAGAAAAUCAUACCUUGGUUCGCUAAUAGAACGGGACCCCAUCCUGCAACACAUGGGCAAUGUGUCUUUGGCCCUACACACACUUGGGGAGUUUGUGAACCCACAGUCACCAUGGCAACCAUAUUUACGUAUUCUACCUUCAUCUUAUUCAACGACUCUGUAUUUUACUCCACAACAGCUACAGAUGCUCAAAGGAUCACCAAUCCUAGAAGAAGCAGUGAAGCAGUUUCGAAAUAACGCUCGACAGUAUUCCUAUUUUUAUCGAUUCUACAUUCAUUGCCGAAGCAAAAGUUGGCCAAUUAAAGAUUACUUUACAUAUUGUGUCUACAGAUGGGCUGUCUCAACAGUGAUGACACGCCAGAAUCGCAUACCAUGUAAAGGAUCCAGUGGCCAGUUGGCGCUCAUCCCAGCCUGGGAUAUGGCAAACCAUCAGCAAGGGAUUUACUCAACAGAUUAUGACGAUGAAAAAAACUGCAGUGUCUGCCUGGCACAAAGAGACUUUAAGGCAGGGGAUCAGUUCACGAUAUAUUACAGUCAGCGUCCCAACACUGAACUUUUUCUUCAUAAUGGCUUUGUAUAUAGAGAUAACAAGAAUGAUAGUUUGGCCAUCAAGCUAGGUGUCAGCAAGGGCGACCAACUCCAUGAUGAGAAAGUGGCACUCCUAUCGUCACUAGGCCUGCCCUCAGCAGGCUCGUUUAUGUUGAUACCUGGAUCACAUCCCAUCUCUCCAGGUCUUCUGGCUUUCACCAGAAUAUUUUGCAUGGAUAAAGCUUCUUUAGACAAGUGGAAAGAUGAUGGAGAGAAGGCAAAAGGGCUACUCCACGAAGACUGUGAUGUUGGCACAACAGUUCAAGAUAAAACUUGGAGUUUCCUCCACACCCGUGUAACUCUUCUUGCACGAGCAUACCCUACUACACUUGAGGAUGAUGAAACAGCCCUUCCAACUUCGUCUGGUUUGGAAGCACUUAUCCGUUCUCAGCUGAUUUGUGAAAAGAUCAUCUUAAGGGAUUCAGCAUCGUAUCUCUCAACCUACGUCGCUAAAUGAAGACCGUGUUAGGUGAAGGGACGACUAUGAAACUAACGCAAGUUUUUUUUUAUGAUGAUGAAACUCUUCAGUGUAUUCCAGUAUACAGUGGUGGUUUAUAUAACAGUGACUACAAGAAUAUACCAUAUUGUUGCAUUUAUUCAAGUGCCUGGUGCUAAAAACAAUUUCAGGAUCAGCAAAUCAGCUCAAAUUUGUUUUUGGUACAAAUAUUUAAUGCUUUUAUUAAUAUGAUAGAGCAUUUUGCUUGCUGGCAAUAUAAUGAAAGAUUUAAAGUCAAAAUAUUUACAUAGCACAAAUGCAGGAAACUUAGGGGGAAUUAGGUACAGUUU